AUGUCCUCAACGCGGCCAAUUCCCAUUGGAGCCAGUGGCAGCCAGCGCAAUUCCCCUAUCACACCGAAUCCUAAUAACAGUCAUGCAAUUGUGUCUCAUUCACUUCCUGUCGACAUGCAUCAUGUUCAUCUAUCGCGCUUCAUGACGAGGACGGAUGACACAAGAUCGGGCGGUUUACAACCACCUCGAGCCCCAUUUGUAGGUUCAAUGCCCGAACCACACUUUCUACAAUUAGAAAGUAUGCCAGAUUUGGCAUUAGGUCCACCCGCUGAUAUUAUUCCCGACACGACACCACCAGCUCGUACACCUGCAGUCAUUCCAUUUGCAAGCUCAUGUCCGGAUAAACUUGAGUUUUUACAAACAAGAAGUUCGUGGACGCCGACACUUGAGCCGUAUUUGGCUGAACAUGAUGAUUUUGAUUUGUCAAAAAGUCCUGCACUAGCUGCCAUGUCGGCAUUAAGAGACAAUCUUUGCAUGCACACAAUACUGUCAGAUUACAGCCUUCACGACACUAUUAUGCGUCGGAUGAGUCCUCUGGCAACGCAGUGA